GAUCACGGGUUGUUGGCAGAUUUCAGACUUGAUGCUGGAGAACUGUUACCGCUGUCACGGCGUGGAUCACUGGAUCUCCAGACAGGCGCAGAAGCUGGAGACCAUUCUAGAGCAGAAGCUCACCUUGCUGUCCAGAGGACGCGGGCGGGAGAAAACCACGCUGGCCGUGACCUCCAGGAGGACGGUUUGGGGCGGAGGAUGAGAAGGCGGGCGCGUGGCGUCGUCGUUCCAGAACGGGAGGUGGGUGCCGCGGAGCAUCACGGGGGGCGGCAGCGAGUCCGUCAUGGUGCAGGCGCUGAGACUGGAGGAGCUGCAGCGAGCCAAAGAUGAGAAGAGGCAGCGAGAGCAGGACGGCGGAGAGGCCCUCGGUGAGGAGCUGGAGGAGUUGUUCUGUGGGAAUUCCGUGCCAUCGGGUGCGCGCGUGUCCUGUGCCUGGCUCAGACGUGCGCUGCACCUAGCAACCUCCCCGAUCGUCUUCUACGAGCUGGAGCGCUGUUCUUGCUGGAUCCGCGCGCUUGCACGUGUUCCUUGGCCAAAGAUCAUGACGGCGCGCCUCAGCCCCCCGCAGAAGAGAUCCCGCGUUGACAGCGGCGCGCAACGAUGCGCUACAAGAGCGUGGGAGAGCGAGCUGCGCCGCCAGCGUCCAGGAGAGGGGCGGCGCGGGCGUAGCGCCUCGGGACUCUUCCCUCAGUUUCUUCUGGACGUCUGGGAGUGUUCAGGUCCUCUGGAGGGACCCCCUUCCACCAUGCUGCCGCUCCCAGCCGCGCCGUCUUCUGGGCUCCUAAAGGGCCUCGGUGAUUCACGUGGGUACGAGACGCAGAAAGAGGUGGCAGGACGCUGUUCUCGCGCGCAGGCCCAUACACGAGUGGCCGCGAGUCCAAUCCUGGGGCUACGACCACAGGACAACGGCCUACAUGCCACUUCCACACACUUCUGCGGAGCUCUGACCUCCGGAUCUACUGCCAGAGAUGAAGUGACGCCUGAGGAGGAAAACUCCAGCAGCACCGGAGCCGAACACAUGGGACGUGCACAGAAGAUUCACUCUCUGACGGCGACGGAUCUGGAUCAGAAAUGCUCCUCCACGAGCGUUCCCUUCGUGGUUGCAGAGAAAAUUCCUCUGGACCUCGGGAUCUCCGAGUUUUUCUGGACCGACCCCGGAACAACACCACGCCUGCGACUGGACGAAAUCCAGACCGACACGAGCCCAAAGAGGAAGAAGAAGAAAGAGAGGAAGUUCGGCGUUGAAGAAGACGAGCAGACUGGAAGCUUGACACGAAGCGAACGGCCAGAAGCAGCCUGCAGAGAGCCGCCAAACCAUCAAGAAGAAAGACAAGAGGAAAGACAACCGACCUGGAUUCAUGUGCUUUUGUGUCGCUCAUGCGCGGUCGUGUCCUCUCCGUCUCCAGGAAAGAGGUUUGAUGGGAAGGCGAUGCUGUUAGCGAGGAGACCGUCAGGAUCUGCUCCGCCGCCAGCUCCAGCCCACGUUUUCAGACCCUUAUUUUUUUCCUCCCAUCGUUCCUUCCUUUCUUUCUUGCUUUUGCAGUUGGUUUGCUCCAGUCUGGAUGAUCUCAGAGUCCUGAUCAGUAAAAUAGAAGAUCAACUAGAUGAACUGGACGGCGAAAAAAGAGAUCUGUUAGGACGGUGGCCACACAAAAGAGCCGCCGUGAAAGAGUUGCACAUCACACUUAUAAGGCUGCUUAAUGAGCUGUUACCAUGGGAACCCAAACUCGUCAAGGCCUUCCAGAGGAACAGAGCACGCUUGAAAAAGGAGUGUGACGAAUUCAAGAAACACCCCGAAUAUGAGAACUUUAUCAGGGAGCAGAUGGAUACAGAAGAUACUGGGGAAGUGCGUGCAAAGAUGGAUUGUUGUCCGCAGAGACAACAAACAAACUGGAAGAGAGUGAAGUCAAAAUGGAAUGUAAAUCAUGAAUCAAGAUGCCUAUUCGACAGACCUGAUGUUGUCAUGCAUUCGUCAGAGUCUGGACCCUUCACACGCGGUUCAAAGCGGCGCCACACUGGUGCAAUCAGUGAGGAACUGAGUCCAUGCAAGAGAGGCAAAAUGGAUCCAGAGAGCUCUUUAACAUCAGAUUUCAAUGUGGAAGUUGCAUCCAGGGAACAAGCAACAGUGAACCCACAAGCUUCAGUGUUGCCAGACACUAUGAGUAGCUUUCAUGGGACUUGCAAACCCAUCCAGGCUUUGCUGGCUAAGAGUGUUGGAAACAAAGUGACCUUAAUAAGUCAUCCGAAGGCUGCAGUGAUGGCUCAGGCUCUGCGGGAUCAUAACAAAACAGCAUCUGUAACUCUGCCACCUGUCAGAUUAUCAACUACCUGUGCAGCUACGCAACACUCUGAACCUGUCUCUACAGAAACCAUAACUACGUCAUCUGCGAGCGAAAGCACUGGACAGGUGGUGUACAAGACGGCAGGAGGCGUGGGGCUUCUCAGGCAAGGAAGCACUUCUGUAAACUUUUCAGUGCAAUCAAUAUCAGAUCAAAAAUCAGGGGCGAAGGCCAUGCAACAAGUUGUUAUCCUGCCUUCAAAUCUACUGAUUCAAAGCACUGAGAAUAAGGCAGCCCAGGCCUCUGUAUCUGUUCCUAAGACUACAACGUACAUGUCCAAUGUUUCAGGGUUCACUAUACCGGAAAACAAGGUUCCUGUCCAGCCGGUGGCACCUUUGAAAGAUACCAGCACUGUAAGAACACCGUCUGCUGUAGUUACUCCCAGUUUAAGGAACUUAAUGACUGUUGGUGCCUAAAAAAAGACUACUGAACCAAAGGUGGCCCUGAACAAAUCAGCCAGCAGUGGUCUGACCAAGUCUGAUGCUAAACAGGAGCUCAGGACAGUGUGUAUUAGGGACUCUCAUUCCAUCCUUGUCACUACGAGAGGAGGCAACACAGGAGUGGUGAAGGUUCAGACAUCGGAAAGUGGAACAGGUGCUUUGCCACCCAGCCCAGUUUUUAACAUCUCACCCCAACUUCAUGCCUUUCUGGUGUCAAAGUCUUCCACGUCUCAUACACAAGCUGUUUCGGCCACCAUUGCUGCUAAAUCUCGACCUGGAGUCACUCCUCAGUCUACUUUUGUGGCAGGAACUGUCAGUCCUUUAACCUUAAAUCAGAUUUCCAAUACCGGCACUACAGGCAAAACAACAAUCCCUGGUAAAUCAGCACUCCUGGCUACAAGCAAAGGCAGUGAUAGUUUCCUAAUAAAUAAUGCGGGAACGAAGCCCCCACAAAAAAGGGCUCCACCAGGAAGCACAACUCCAGACCAGUCGACUUUCCAAAAGGUUUUCCUGGUCACACCUUCACCAAAUAUCCCUUCAAAGGUCACUACUACUACAGCAACAUGUACCGUUCCAGGAUCUCGGGUCAUGUUCAUAAGCAACUCGGCACUUAUCAUUCCAAAAGAGACGUCAACUUCAGAGGUUAACAUUACCUCUACUAGUACACCAGCGCUGAAUGUAGUUCCCAACUUGGGGACCUUAUCCUGCACUUCUGGUACAAGCAUCCAGAGCAUCGGUGUUUCAGGGUUAACAUCAAGAAUACUUGGCACAAACAAGAAACCUGAAGCCUCAAUGAAAACUACACCUGUGAUCGUCUCCAGAGUACCUGCAACAUCACUCACAGGUGGACUCCAGAUUGGUCCAAAAAGCUGUUUGGUUGCAAGCAGAAGUCUGUCAGGGAAUACUGAAAGUGCUUUGAAAGUACCUCGGACUGUUGAUGGCAAAACGCUCACAUUUUCAACUCUAGGCACCGGCCACAUGGCUUCCUCUGCACUUUUGUCAGUUGUGAAACCAGAUGUACCUCCAUCAGUUUCAGCGUUAAAUGCUCUUCACUGUAAACCAGGGUUAUCGGCUGGCAGUUCUACUUCAAAUACAUCUUCCUCUUAUUCUGGAAGCCUAAUUACCAAACACACUACGUUACCAAUUAAUGUGACUGCUAACAAGCCAGUGAUCACUUCCCUUUGCAAUUCACACUCGCUGAUCAAAACAACAGCCAAUACUUCUGCUUCUGCAGUAUCCAGUACUUUUGCAUUGAGUUGUAGCUCCACUUUAACUCCUCCAGUGGUCAUGACCUCUGGGAUCCAACCUCUGACCUCUGCCACCAAGAAUGUUCAGGAGAAAAUCGUCAUCAACACCACUGCCCCACUUGCCCCUGGAACUCAGCUCCUGAUAAAUAACACCAGAUUUGUUGUACCUUCUCAAGGCCUUGCACCUGGCAGCCAUGUUCUGCUUAUCUCCAACUCUUGUCCUGGGGGAAUGCAAGAGUCAAGUGCUGUUGGUUCUCAAAGAUUGCAAGUGCCAAGUCCUGCUGGUCCUCAAAGUUUUCUAGGAUCAAAUCCUGUUGGUUCUCAAAGAUUGCAAGGUCCAAGUUCUUCUAGUCCCGGAGGAUUGCAAGGGCCAAGUCCUGUUGGUCCUCAAAGAUUGCAAGAGCCAAGUCCUGCUAGUCCUGGAGGAUUGCAAGGGCAGAGUCCUGUUGGUCCUCAAAGAUUGCAAGGACUGAGUCCUGUUGGUCCUCAAAGAUUGCAAGGGCAGAGUCCUGUUGGUCCUCAAAGUUUUCUAGGAUCAAAUCCUGUUGGUUCUCAAAGAUUGCAAGGUCCAAGUUCUUCUAGUCCUGGAGGAUUGCAAGUCCCAAGUCCUGCUUCCACUGAUUCUAGAGGUCCAAAAACUUCAGCUACUCACACGGUUCCUUCAGUUGUACAAGGUGUGAGAUUGGUAACACCGGUCAGGCUACCCUUGGCAAGCUUGGACCUUCUGAUCAACUCCGUCAGCAACUGAGCACCAGAACUCCAUUGAAUGUGUCUGGUCCUACUGCUCUCUCACAAGUAGCACAAGCUCUGCGUCCUGGUGUACCUUCAGACAUUGUGAGACUUCCUAUCUUUCAAACCUCCAACCUCUCAGUUACAGCAUCACAAGGUACGACCAGGUGUCCCAAAGAAACCUCUCUUUCCCAAGGAGGUUUACUUAGCACAACUUCUCCAAUGCAAGGAAGACCAUCCCAAACCCAAGUGGCGCCCAGUCGUACCACCAGUGAAAGCUGUGAUUCCAAGGCAUUCGCCGAUGGUAACCGUACCACCCAUGAGCAGCACGAUAUCACGGAUGCAGAAACUCCCGGUUGCAACGGUUCCACCAAUCGGUGGUGCAAACAAUGCCAGUCUAGCCACUCCAAUUGCAACUGUUCCUCCAUCUAUGAGCACUGUCAUAAUGACACCUUGUCCACCUAUCAGAGCCGUGCAACCUGGGACUAUCGGAAAGCCUGUUAUUUUACCCCAGCCAUCGCUAGGUCAAAGCACGGUUCCUGUACAAGUUCCCACUUCUGCUAAACUCUUGUUGAGCCCCAGAUGGUGCCGUCCU